UGAUAAGGACCGAGGCCCUUUCCAGAGUGACGUGUGUGACGUGUCUCCGCGCCCGUACUUGCAACGAUUGCAACUUUUUUUACCCAUAAUACAUUAUUACAAUAAUAUUUUCCGUGAGUGGUCCGCCGUAAAACUAUGCGAUUGUGAUUACCGAAGAGAACGUUAGUAUAUUUUCUAGAACGUCUACGAAACGCAGUUGGUCUGGCCGUCAUCCGUGGUGAAUCGUUGUACCAUUACACCGGGGACCGUUUUGUCGAGAACACUUCAAUGGCGUUCAAACGGGACAAAAAGGAAGAAGAAGAUGGGGGCAAUCCGUAUCAGAAUCUUGAAAAAACCAGUGUUCUCCAGGAAGCAAGGACUUUCAAUGACACCCCGGUUAAUCCAAGAAAAUGCACACACAUUCUCACAAAAAUAUUGUAUAUGAUAAACCAGGGUGAACAACUUGGAACAGCUGAAGCAACUGAAACAUUCUUCGCUAUGACCAAACUAUUUCAAUCUCGUGAUAUUAUACUAAGAAGGAUGGUUUAUCUUGGAAUUAAGGAAUUAAGUGGAAUAGCAGAAGAUGUAAUCAUUGUAACUUCAAGUUUAACCAAAGAUAUGACUGGAAAGGAGGAUACAUAUAGAGCAGCUGCUAUUAGGGCGUUGUGCAGUAUUACUGAUGUGUCCAUGUUGCAAACAAUUGAACGUUAUAUGAAGCAAGCAAUUGUUGACAAAAAUCCUGGAAUCAGCAGUGCUGCUUUAGUGAGCUGUUUACAUUUAUGUAAAAAUACAUCAGCUACUGAUAUUGUCAAACGUUCACUCAAUGAAAUUCAAGAGGCUUUAAAUUCCGACAAUGUAAUGGUACAAUAUCAUGCAUUGGGACUAUUGUUUCACAUUCGAAAAACAGAUCGUUUAGCUGUUACAAAGUUAGUGGCUAAACUUACAAAAAUUAAUAUGAAAUCACCAUUCGCAGUUUGCAUGUUGAUACGAAUGGCAUGUAAACUAUUAGAAGAAGAAACUAUUCCACGUUCCGAAUCUCCAUUGUUUGAGUUUGUGGAGUCGUGUAUUCGUCAUAAAUCAGAAACAGUUGUAUAUGAAGCAGCACAUGCAAUUGUUCAUUUAAGUGGUACUGGAGCUAGGCAUUUGGCACCAGCUGUGUCUGUAUUACAAUUAUUCUGUUCAUCUGCUAAACCAACACUUCGGUUUGCUGCAGUUCGAACACUUAACAAAGUUGCAAUGGAACAUCCAAGCACAGUAACUGCUUGUAAUUUGGAUCUUGAAAAUCUUAUUAGCGAUUCUAAUCGUUCAGUAGCCACUUUAGCUAUAACAACAUUAUUAAAAACUGGUGCUGAAGCAUCAGUAGAUCGUCUGAUGAAACAAAUUGCAACAUUUGUUAAUGAAAUUUCCGAUGAGUUUAAAAUUGUUGUUGUUCAGGCUAUAAGGGCAUUAUGUUCAAAAUUCCCUCGCAAACACACGGUUUUAAUGAACUUUUUGUCUGGAAUGCUAAGAGAGGAAGGUGGACUUGAAUACAAAGCAUCAAUAGCUGAUACAAUUAUAGCAAUUAUAGAAGAAAAUCCUGAAGCAAAAGAGAUUGGGUUAGCACACCUUUGUGAGUUUAUUGAAGAUUGUGAACAUACCAGUUUGACUGUUCGUAUAUUACAUUUAUUGGGUAAAGAAGGACCUCGCACAAAACAGCCAUCAAGGUUUAUACGAUUCAUUUACAAUAGAGUGAUAUUAGAAGGUGCUGUUGUUAGAGCUGCAGCAGUUGGAGCUAUGGCUAAAUAUGCUGCUAACUGUGCAAUGCUUCAUGAUAGUAUAAAAGUACUUUUGAAGAGAUGUUGUCUAGAUGUUGAUGAUGAAGUCAGGGAUAGAGCAACAUUUUAUAGUCAAUUAUUGAGUUCCAAUAAUCGUCAGUUAAUCACUGAUUACUUGUCAGAACCCAUGCAUGUGUCAUUGCCAGUUUUGGAAAAGACUUGUCAAGAUUAUGUUUCAAAUCCCACCAAAGAACGCAUUAAUCUUAGUGAAUUACCAGUUGAUAUAGUGGUUAAGAAUACUUCUCAAGAACCAACCAGAAAACAGAUUGUUGAUAAUGCCGUCAAACCAGGUCACUCAAACAUAGUUGAAGUAACUGUUGAAAAUGUGGACGGCCAAAAAUUGCCUAGUCUGAUUGGUUUAGACGCUGGUAAACUUUUCUGUUCUUCUGAACCGUCCAUGUUGACCGAACCAGAAACUGAGUAUGUUGUGCGGUGUACCAAACAUAUAUUUAAUCAUCAUUUGGUUUUACAAUUUGAAAUCACUAACACGUUAGAUGACCAAAUUUUGGAAGAUAUUUCUGUUGCACUGGAUGUAAGUGAAGGUUUCCAGUAUUUAAAUGAAUUUAAGUGCCCCUCAAUAAAAUAUCAAGAAACUGGCAAUGUCUAUGUUUAUUUAAAAUUUCCAGAUGAUUCAGUCGAUGCUAUUGCAAGUUUUACUGCCAAAAUGAAAUUUAUUGUUAAGGACUGUGAUCCCUUGACUGGUGAAGUUCAAGAUGAUGGCUAUCAAGAAGACUAUAGGCUAGAAGAUGUUGAAAUGACACUAAAAGAUCAAAUGAUUAAAGUAAAAGUUGGAAAUUGGGACUCCUUAUGGGAGGAAGCAAAGAGUGUUUGUUUUGAAGUGCAAGAAACUUUUGCAUUGCCAUUAACUUCUGGAGGUUUAUCAGAUACUGUCAGCCAAAUUAUAUCAUUCCUUGGAAUGGCUGCUUCCAACAAUUCUGAAAAUGUACACCCACCUAAUAAAUCAUCGCAUAUAGUGAAUUUAGCUGGUAUGAUGAGAGGAAACUGUAAAGUUCUUGCUCAGGCAAAAUUAGCAUUAUCUGAAAAUAGUGUUACCAUUCAACUUACUGUGCGUUCAAUGGAUGAACGAGUGGCUGAACUGGUUGUAUCUACUCUCGAUUGAUUGUUUUAUAUUAUUUUAUUCUUUAUGUAUUUAAAAAAAGAUUUUUUGGGUACUGAAACCCAUUUUAUACAUUUUUGUUAGUUAUGUAUUAUUUUACACUUAUAAUUUUCAUAGUAUAUGCAUACCAAUAAAUGUAUUUAAAUAUUA